AUGAAAUGGGUAGCUUGGCAAAAUGUCAUGACUCCUAAAGACUUGGGGGGAAUGGGCUUUGGGUCAUUGCGUGAGGCAAGUUUGGCAAUGAUGGCAAAGUGGUGGUGGAGAUUCAAGGAAGAUAGAGACGGCCUUUGGAGGAGGGUAAUAUGGGGUUUACACAAUAAUACACGUUCAUGGAACUUCAUCCCAGUGAAGUUGUCCAUGCCGGGUCCUUGGAAGCAAGUAGCGCAAGUAGCUAGUGACCUCGAAGAGAUGGGUUUGGAUCUGAUCUCUAUGUUUCGCGGUUUACCGGGUUGUCAGUCACAAAUAAGUUUCUGGAAAGAAAUAUGGCUUUUUGAGGAACCACUUUUCAGAAAAUUUCCUAAUCUCUUUGAGAUUGAAACUCAGAAAAAUGCAGUGGUGGCUGAAAGAUUAAAAGUGGAGGAUGGGGUGAACACUGUUAGUUUUAUGUGGAGUAGACUCCCAAUGGGUCAAGUUGAGGAAACAGAAAUAAAUGAACUAUUGGCUGCACUAAACAGUUUCACGCUCGGGACUGGAUCGGACAAGUGGAAUUGGCGCUUAGAGAGUUUAGGCAUAUUUUCUGUUAAGAGUCUGAAGAAACUGAUCCAACAACUUUCUUUUACUGACUUAGGGCUUGAAUUCGAGUGGAAUAAAUGGUGCCCAAUCAAGGUCAACUUCUUGGUUUGGAGACUAAUACAAGAUCGGAUUCCAACAGUGAUUGCCCUUCAAAGAAGAAACGUGCAUCUGCCUAGCACCCAGUGCAAGUUGUGCCACGAAGAAGAAGAAACGACACUUCAUCUGUUCGGUUCUUGCCUCAUCGCACAGUAG